CUACUUUGUUUACUAGUCAAGGAAUGAUAACGAUACCUAAGAACUCCAUCGAUCUUGAGAAAGAGAACAAGCAAAUUAACCCUUCAGCUCAUGCAUCGACUAAUCUAGGUUCUACAGGGAAGGGGCGCAGACAAGGACUUAAAAGCUCUACUUUAUGUACUAGUCAAGGAAUGGGAAUGAAAUAUAACAACUACAUGACUUCUGAAUCUGAGGUGGGAUGUAUCAACAAGAGUGCUCUUUAUGCUAAUCAGCAUAUUAAAACUCCUUCUAUAAGCACAAGAGCAAAUUCGACCAUGUCGUCUAGUCAAGAAAUGCAAAGAAUGGAUAAAUCGAUUCUUGAGAAAGAGGAUAUGCAAACUAAUCUUUCAUUGCCUCCAUCAAUUGAUCAAGUUAUGGAACAUUCUCAAACAACUGAAAAAGGUUCAUCAAAUCCUACAAAGGUAAGAAGAUUCGAGGGAGCAACAUGUGCAAAGAAGUUGCUUCACUUGAAAAUGGAGAAAAGCUGAAAGUAACAUUUUACAAUAAUCGAACUGUUGGAACAAAUAGCAAAUUGUUUUCGAGGCAUUUGGGAAAAAUUGUUCGUGACCGUAAUAUAUGUCCGUUGGUAGUAACC